AUGACUCAGCCACAAUGGAACUCGCAAUUGAUGCCAGCAUCCAUGCCAAAACAGAAUUUUUCGGAAACCAGUUUCACUUGCCAGAAUCCUACCAAAAUUCAAUAUCAUACCCACGUGAAUGGGGUUUCAGUUGUGAAUGAAACGGAAGGAAGUUUUUCAAAACCUCGCCACGAAAAAACACCUGCGAUCUCUGAGUCAAAUUGUAUUCUGAGCGAAAAUCUGAACGCACCUGAUGGAGAAAAUGUCAAAUUUGCUUAUCGAACGGAAUUAUCGUCCGCGUCCCCUUUGGAUAGUUUUGCACCUCAUGGAGCGUAUAGUCCGUAUGCGAAAACUGUGAACAAUGAUCUCCACUUACUGCCGUAUUCUGCACCACAAGCUCAGUACGGUCUUCCAAAUGACGUCGCCAACAUGUUUAUGGAUCCUACAAAACCUGAAGCCGAAAGAUUCCCCGAAAUGCCACCACUGCUUGAGAAGCCGAAUCGAAUCGAUCGACUCAAAAACCGUGCGUCGAAACCUAAAAAGAUCAGUGCCAAAGCUGGUUCAAGAAAGCCGGUUCUUUAUUCCCGUCGCAAUCGCAUAUUGCAGGAAAAGAUAUUUAAGAUGAAACUAAGCAAGCAGCGGUUAACUACGAAAUUGAUAAAUGUUGCGAAGCGUUUUGCUCGACCCAUCAAACGUGACAUACCGAAACCCACUGGCAUAGCUUCUAGGAAAGUUGAGGAAAAGCCCAAGUUUUCUUUGGAAGAGAUGCUGGCAAUGGGAGACGAGGAAUACGGUGCAGCCCGUCACCAACUUGAUGGAUUCAAUUUGCCGCAUCCUUCUCCUCCUGUUUGUGACUGCUCUGAAGGACAAGAAUGCGGCCCCUUUUAUGCUCAACUUGGGCAUAGUUCAUCCGUAGAAGACAUCCGAAAUCAAUUCGAAACGAGAUUGAGUUUAAGUGGAGAUCAACUAAGGAUUGAGCAACUGGUCUGGAAGCAAGUUCGAUCAGAUAAUCACUACGGCUGUCCGAUCGCCAAAGAGGUUCUGCAAUCGGGUGGUGAAGAAGUUCUCAUCACUGUAAAAAACCGGCCCAACCACAAGUGCCAGUAUUCUUGGAUUGUUGUGUCGAUUACUGUUUGGAAGGGCAUUCCGCGAGAAGUUUCUGAUGGCCUUUACGAUUAUUUGAAGGAUUCUUGUCACAAAGUUGGUCGAAGUGUCUUGAGACAAUCCGGCCUGAAUGACACCAAGUCUUGCAUGUGCCAGGGGUCAGGGGAGACAGAAGCUAUGUCUAUGACCGUGGGCUGUUCCUACAGCAUGUUCUCCAACACGUGCAAAUUUGCGAGAACUUUGCAUCCCGAAAAGAUGAAGAUCCUCGAUCCGUCAAAAAAAGAAGAAAUUCAUCAUCUGGGAAGCACUAUGACUGCAGCUGCCGUGAUCACCAGUCGGGUUUUUGAGAAGAUAGCGCCGAUUGCAUUUAGAAAUAUGACUUUUAUGGACUCGGAAGAAAAUUUCUGCAGAUUGGGGGAGUUUUCCGAAGGACCGCGGCCGUUUGCAGCCGCCACGGCAUGUGUUGAUUUUUGCACGCAUUCUCAUCGCGAUCGUGGAAACAUGCACGGAGGCGCUACUGUGGUUGUGUCGUUGUUGAAAAAUAGUGGGAUCGACCCGGCUGAUGAGCAGCUUCAUACGCUUCCGUUUUAUGGAUUAGCGGGUUGCGAUUCUGAAACGAAUCAGAGGCCUGGAAUCGAAAUCCUCAAUCGAUUUCCAACUGCCACGAAAGUGCGACGAUUCCGAGCCGCGAAUUCGAAGGAGCUUCAAGCUGAGCACGAUCGAAAACUCUUUUCUAGGAGAAAGAGGAACCUCUGUGCAUCAGUGCCUUUGAAUGUUACUCCUGAAAGUGACUGUCACAUUCCAAAAACUGAAGAAAUCUUUCAUUCAGAGCCGAAGAAAUCGGCUUCCUCGUUGCCGUCGUUCAUGCACGUGAUGGAAUCAAAGUCAGGUCAUAUGAUAAAUCCACCUGAGAAAUCCGUUUCUCAUCUAAAUCCCGACGCAAUGGCAGACUACACUGAUGGUCCUCGGAUGCAUUUAGAAAAUUUUGUGCCAGAAAGUGAUUUUAACUAUGCCGCAGACGUCUCCAAGGAACUUUUAGCGCGUCAAUAUUGCGUUCGGAAUCUGUUCGGCACGAUUUCGCAUCCGAAUGAGUCAGUGUUUCCUGAAAAAGAAUCCUUGAUACCUUGCGAAGGCAUUGCCCAGGUAUCUAACCCUGACACCCAACGGCCUUCGAGUCCUGUCAACAAAUCAGAAACGGUUGAUGAGUUCCAGACACCCGAGUGGAAACGUGCUGAGAAUGACGUCGAAUUCCAAAUCGAUGAUAGUGCCAACGAAGAUAUCCUGGCUCUUCCGCAUGUUGGUGGAGUCGCCUUUAGGCUCCCUCACGGCUCUGUGCACAUCGAAGUGGCAAAGAUGGAGACCCACGCGACCACUGCCUUGAAGCACCCGAAUUCUCGUGAUCCGACGAGAAUAAGCCUUGUUUUCUACCAGCACCAUACCCUCAGUUACAAGCAUCACGGCCAUGACGAAAUGAUUGCGUUUCGCGCGAAAUCGGCAGAAGCGAAAAGGUUGAAGGAAGAACGCGCAAGGAAGCUUGCUGAGUCAUCCAAAGGCAAUGAGGAUCAGGAAGCGAUGGCUAACAAUUUGUCUUUCGUAAAGCAAGCCCCUCUUUCUCCUAAGUACGGUGAAACCAAUGGCUUGGUCAGUUCCGAUUCGACGACGAUGAAGCAGCAUUUUUCAUCCGGGAAACCAGACCCAGUUCCAGCAAAUCAUGCAUUUUCUUCCGUGAAGCAAAGCUCUGGGCUUCCGAAGAGUGGUGAAGAAAUUAUUAUACCACCCUGCAGUCCGAGCAGUUCCAAUUCAACGACAAUGGAUCCUGAUUUGUCCACUGGGAAGCAAGGCCUGAUGCUUUCGGAGUGCUGUGAGAAAGUUGUGGUACCACCCUGUGGUUCUGGCAGUUUCACUUCGCAAGACAGGAACCACGGAUUUCCCCCAUGUAAACAAGACACAUUUUCAGGAACGAUGGAUCAUAAUGUUCAUGCCUUGAAACGGGACCCGGUGCCUCCGAAAAUUUGUGAAAAUAUUGUGGUACCAUCAUGUGGUUCUGGCAGUUUCAACUCGAAAGACAAGAGCCAUCAUAUUUCCACAGGGAAACGAGACACACAUUCAGCAACGACAGUUCAUAGUGCUCAUGCCGCGAAACGGGAUUCUAUGCCUCCAAAGAGUGGUACAAGUACUGUGGUACCACCUCGUGGUUUUGGCAAUUUUACUUCGACAGACAGGAACCACUAUUUUCCGCCUGGGAAACAUGACACUUUUUCAGCAACGAUGGAGCAUAUUGUUCAUGCCGCGAAACGGGAUCCCGUGCCUCCGAAGAUCGGUCAAAAUAUUGUGGUACCACCCUGUGGUUCUGGCAGUUUCAAUUCGAAAGACAGGAGCUUUCAUUGUUCCACCGGCGAACAGGGUUUACUUUCAGCAAUGAUAGUUCAUGCCGCGAAUCGGAACCCGAUGCCUCCGAAAAUUGGUGAACGUAUUGUGGUACCACCCUGUAGUUCUGGCAACAAUUCGAAAUACUGGAGCCGUAAUUUUUCGUCUGGGAAACAAGACUCCUUUUCAGCGACGAUGAAUCAUAAUUUUCAUGCCAUGAAACGAGACCCUAUGCCUCCGAGAAGCGGCGAACAUGUUGUGGUGCCACCUUGUGGUUUUGGCAACGUCAAACCGAAUAUGAUGAAUCAUAAUUUGUCAGCGGGAAAGCGAUGCGCAGUUCAGUCGACGACAUAUCAGAACAACUUUUUCGUGAAGCAGGACCGAUUACUUUCGGAAACCUGUGAAAAAGUCGUGCCACCAUGUUUCAAUCGGGAAACCUGGAAACCCCGCGAUUCCGCACUUGAUGAAGACCAAUUUAGGACGACAACGGAUCGUAAUGUACACGUCGUGAAGCGGGACUUUUUGCCUCUUCGAAGUGGUGAUGAUGUUGUGGUACCACCAUUGAAUCCAGUCGGUGUCCAUCAUACUGCGAUGAGUCAUAAUUUUUCCACCUUCAAACGAAGCUCAACACCUCCGAAAAGUGGUGAGAAUAUUGUGGUUCCGCGUGGUUGUUCUACGAGUGAACGAGGUCCGAACAAUCCGAAGUUUGCUGACAAUUUCAAGUUACCAUCGUGUAUUUCUGUCCAACCGGCACCCAGGAGUCGAAAUUUUUCUGCCAAAAAACGUCUCGAAGUACCAAAGAGGUUUGAUAAUAAUAUUCACGCCAUGAAUCAAGGCUCUUCACAUCCUGAGUGUGCUGAAAAUGUGGUGGCAGCACCUGGCGAUUCCCACAGUUUCAGUCGUGACCGGAUGACUCUUAGUUUUUCCCCCGGAGAAUUCGACAGAAUUCCUGCGACGAUGAAUCAUGAUUCUUCCGCUUCAAAUCAAGACUCCGUGCUUUUAAAGCGCGGUAAAACUUCUUUGGUAGCCCACCCUGGUUCGGGUGAUUUCAGUCGUUCAAUGACGAAUCAAAAUUUCUACCCCGGGAAGCAAGAGCCUGUUCCUUGGAAGUGCAGCGAAAAUGUGUUGGUGAUACCCUGUAGUUCGGAUAAUUCCAAUGCGGCGAGUAUGAAUCAUACACUCUCUACAGUGAAACGAGACCCCGUAUCUCCGAGGUGCCAUGAUAAUUUUGCCGCGAAACCCUGUAAUUCGGGAAAGAUCUACCACGAUGUAUCUACUUUGACCGAGGAAGCAGUGUUUCCAGAGAGCAAGGAAGAUGUGGCGAUGCCAAGUAGUUCAGGGAUUUUCAAUGCUGCGAACGUCGGUCAUAGUUCAAAUUCUAUGAAGCAGGAGAUCCGUGGAAGUAUUGUGAUAACACCCUCUUUUUCUGGAGACAACCAUUUUUACUCGUCGGAGAUUGAUGAUUUUCCUAUAGUGAAUCAAAGUUAUGUACCUGUGGUAUGCGGUGAAAAUUAUGCCAGAACGCCAAAUAGUUCGGAACUCGAAGAUGCGCCGAAGAUCUAUCAUAAUUUAUCUAACGCGAAACAAGGCGUUCUGUCUGUAAUAGAGUGCGUUGAAAAUGACGUGAGAGCACCGUGUAGUUCGGGAGGAAACCAGUCCUAUUCCUUGCCGACGAAUCAUUAUUUUUCUCGCGUGCUGCAGGACCCAGUGACUCUGGAGAGCAUUGACUGUUUUCAGGCGACACCGUGUGGUUUGAUUGGUACCGAAUGA